AUGUCCAGCAUAAGCCCGCCCCAGCCAACCGAGGACUACAAGCGCUUACAGCUCAUAGAGCAAAAAGUCAUUUCAUGCGUACAAAUCGCAGCACAGGUGACGGAACACUUUUCCCGUGUGGGUCGAACGGCGGAGCUGGCAGGACCCGUGCAGCAGCUAUGCACCACCUUCAUGAACACAAUCGCGGAGGCUCUCCAGCUGGUGAAGGAGGGCGCGGAGUCCAGCAGUGGCGACCAUCGACUGGAGCUACACGCCUACCACAGCCUGGCCCGAGCACACAUCAACACGGAAAAGCUACAGGUCAUGAGAAUGCACCUUGACGCAAUGCAGGCGGAGCUGGAGGCGGCGGCGGCGGGGCGGGAAUGCGGGCGGGCAGGGGGGGGAUGCUGCUCCGCCUGUGAUGUGGGCUCCGGGAGCCUGGGGGCUGGGGUUGAGGCUGGUAAUGGCGGUAUGGCGGUGGUGAUGGUGGUGAUGGUGGUGGCGGUGGCGGUAAUGUUGGUGCCUCUGGGCAUGAAGCCGUGUAUCAGCCGCUUCACGGCUCUUGUCAUCAGGUUCACAGGUGGAACCUCGAGCUCCCGCGUUCGCCAAUUUGGAACCCCAACACACCCCUGCCUGCGUAUGCGUGUGCGCAUGUGCUCCCGCUCAUGUACGGCAUCUAUCUUCCCCCGUCCCGACUGCAUGAACCUGGACUACCCGUGUGCCCCUGGCUUGGCCCUGUUCGCCCUGUUUGCUUGGGGUGUAUCUGGCAGGCGAUGCCGCUCGGUGUUGCCCGUCUUUGACACCUGCCAGCGCCCGCCCUCGUCCUACCUCACCUGGCUGCUGCCGCGCUGGUGA